AUGAACGCCUCCCCUCUUCCUGUGAAACAGAUUCACACCCAGCACGACUUGGCAAACUUCCAGAAGUCGCUCUCACACAAUGUCAUCAAGACGCAUUUGAUCCAGAUCGUGCAGUUGGUUCAGGGAAUUCCCAGCCCUCCCGGCAGCCUCGACCCUAAAGUUGUGAGAAUGACAGUGGCACAAAAUACUAACGCUCGCGUGCUAAAUCUUCCGCCGCCUAGCAAAACCGUCGAAAGUCUGCUGCCGAUGCCGUAUCAGGCAGGGUCACAAGCGAUCAUCGGCAUCCUCCAGUCGCUCAGAAACUGGGUCCGGGAGAUUCCGCCGGUCCAGGUCAAGUCCCGUUUCGGGAAUCCGUCGUGUAAGAUCUGGCACGCAAAGUUGAAUGCGGAAAUCUCUGAGAUGCUCUGCCAGCACCUCAGGCUGUUAUACACGUCCUCGGCACGGCUGCCGACAUUCGAACAGCUUAUGGUUGAGUUGGUGUACUAUUUUGUGAACAGUUUUGGCUCCUCUGUUCGCCUAGACUACGGUACGGGCCACGAAUUAUCCUUCCUCAGUUUCCUUGUGGGGUUGUUCAAGUACGAUAUCAUCCAUUUUGUGCCUUUGACCGCUUCCCAGGCUCUGAACGACCAUCACUUGAUGGCAGACGAACUUCUAGCGAUGUUUGGGGCCUAUUAUGACUUGGCCCGCGAUUUGAUCGUCGCCUAUACCCUCGAGCCUGCCGGGUCCCACGGCGUGUGGGGACUAGACGACCAUUUCCACUUGAUCUACAUCCUCGGCGCUUCCCAGUUGCUCACAGAAACGUCCCCGCUCCUGCUCCGUCCAUCACAGUUCUUGAAACCAGCCACCUUGGAGUCACACUAUGUUGAACUGAACCUCUUUGUGAAUGCCAUCUCGUUUAUCAAAAGGGUCAAGACGGGACCCUUCAACGAGCAUUCUCCGCUAUUGUACAACUUAACUUCGGUCAUCUCGUGGUCCAAAAUCCUCAAGGGCUUGCUCAGGAUGUACGACGUGGACGUGUUGGGGAAAUUUCCGGUGGUGCAGCAUUUCUACUUCGGCACGUAUUUGUUCCCGUGGUGCGACAUGCUCGGGCGGCCUUUCAAAGAGACAAGUGAGCUGGAAGAAACGGUUACAGAUGGGGUAAACACUCCACCUACCUUCCCCUCUACACGUGUGGCAGGUGUCACUACUAUUCCUUCCACGCGUGCGCCGGGAUCUGGGGUGCCUGUGACCAAAGUGCCAUGGUCUGGGAAAACUCCGACUAGCCAUCCAGGCGUCUUUCCCGGUACCCGAAGAGGCCCCGUUCCCGCCGCAAACCUCUACCGGGGAAAUGGGUUUUGA